AUGUAUGAACAAUUUCAGAUGAUAUCAAAAAAUUCUCUCACACCUAUAAGAGAUUAUAAUAACGAUUUUUUCCAUGCAAAUGAUUCAAAACUUCCAAAUCUGACUCGUGUUAAGGAUGGGUAUGGUGGCGCGCGUGCAAGUUACUCUGAUUCAAUUGGAGGUGACCUAGAUACGAUGGACAAUAAAAUAGAUGACAGGGUGAAGAAAAGUUCAAAUUCUUCUGUAUUAACUGACAUGAAGAAUAUUAAUCUAAGAGAAAUGCUUAAGAAAUUUAUUUUUAGUGAGGAAAAAUACAUAGAGAUGACAGAGAAGGCGCUUACAUCAUAUCGGUUUAAUAUGCAAAAUAAGAAAAUGAGAAGCAAGAAAAUCUUUGAUCCUAAUUCAAAGGAAGAUGUUAUACUUUUUGGUAAUCUGGAAACAAUAUGUGCUGUUAGCUAUUUAUAUUUGAACUCGUUGAGUAAAAUUGUUACAAAGCUGGAGCUUAAUCCUUCAAGUAUUGAUGUCAUAUAUGAUGAGCUAGUAGAGCUGCAUGUGACCUUAUUUAAUAGAAUGAAACAACCAUAUACUAGCUAUAUUAUUGCUUAUCAGAAUCAAACACACCUUGUUAAAAUAUUGGAGAAUUCGACUUCAAAGAUAGUAGCAUCAUGGUAUCAUCGGAGUUAUGAUGAUGCUCGUCAAAUCAAAUUAAGUGAAAUAUUGCAAUGCCCAUAUAAGCAUGUUCAUGAUUGGUUGGAGAAUAUAAAAAUUUUGAAAGAAUGGCUAGUUGUGGGUACAUCAGUGGAAGAGUUUCAAAAACUGAUUGAGACUUUCACGGACUAUAUUAGUCAUCUCAAUAUUGAUAAUGAGGAUAAUGUCCGUUCUUCUCAGCAUCGUCAUCCAAUAUCGAGCAUACAAAUCUCUAAAUCAUCAGAUUUAAAUCCAGAAAGCAGUGGACCUUCAGAUGAUGGUAAUUUUGUUGCCUAUAUUCCCAGUGUAGCAUCUAGUGUAUAUACAGAAGUUAUCAAGCCCAGAAUGAGUCCUAAGAUAUCUCUAGAUGAGAAACCUUGUAAUGCUGACUCUAAUCAUGCAUUAAUGUUACUAGUCCGACUGUUUAAAGAAAAAUUAUAUCACCUUACUCAGCUGAGGAAAUUGUUGGUUAAGCAUGAUAUUACAAAUCUGGCGGAUAAUUUUAUCAUGCAAAUACAUAGUUGGACCUCACUACUGAGUAUUGAAAAAGACUCUGUAUUUCAGAAUAUCCAUGAACAAUUGAAUAAUAAAAUUAAUCUUUGUGUAAAGCUUUACAAAGAGAAGAAAGAAGAACUUGGUGCGUUUAAAUUUCUCAAGUUAGAGUCAUUUAUAAUCAAGAAGUUAGAGACCGUUCUAGCGUUGAUGAAAACUGUUAAAGGUUAUAUUAAUGAUUUAAAAGUGCUGCAUAAGGACUAUUUAAUAUUCAAAAAAGAGAAACAGAUGAAAUUGCAGGACAUUAAACGUACAUUACUUGGAACACAUUAUGAACAAAUACAAAAUAAAUUAGUCGAGCAGCUACCUCGAUUCCUGACUUAUAUUAAUCAGUUCAUGGUGUUGUUCCUUUUGAGUUUCAAUGCAUACUUGAGAGAUGCACUUGAUAUACUGAUAUCAGUUCAGGCAGAUUUACUCCAUACUGAAGAAGGAGUAAAUGAAAUUGAAAAGGAUUACGACAAAAGAAGAAAUGUCAUGAAAAAAACUGUAAACAGUCACUAUGAAAAAUCAAACAACAAUAUUGUACUGAGGAGACUAUUUUAA